UCAUUCAUUCCUUUGAAAUACCGACUCCGAGUCGAUAAAAAUGUCUAACAAGACCACUACGAUAUACCUGACCAAUGCUGGGACGUGAGCCUUCAUUAAUUAAGCGUUCAACAACUUUUAUAAUCAAUUUGUGUCCUGCUGUCAACAAAUAUUUUAUAUUUGUGUUUGUAAACGGGUGCAAUGGUUGCUUCAUUAGAAAAACUCAUCUCUGCCGCACAGAAGUUAUUGUGUCCUCGUAAGAAACGUUUAUCUCCGUCCAGAUGUCUUGAAGUGACUGUUCAAAUAAUGGCUGUGGAUCUGGGCGUCAAACCUGCACUGCUUUACGACAGUAAUGCAGCAUCUCCAGAGCAGCUUCAGAUGUACCUCAAAUCUCUACAAGAGUCUGGAGUUGUAACCAAUCCACUAAGGAUUCUGUCCAUUGAUGAAAACAAAUUCAUUUUUAAUCCUGCCACUAUUGAGUCCCACUUGGACGAUCUUCUCCAAAGCAAAAGUCUCCUUCUGAUUGACGUAUGUUCCUCAAGAAAACAACCUGUCUUGGCUGGCUUUGAAAAGACAACUGAGGAUAUGAUCAAAACUCUUUCAGACUUCUUCAUGAGUGAGCUGGAGAAAGGCUCCUCAGUGAUUGUGUUGGGAGAGGAGUUGUAUAAUGACUGGAACUUGUGCACUCUUUAUGGAAUCCUGUUAGGUUAUCCAGCCUCAUACUGGUUUGACCAAACUAAAGGAUUUGGGAACUGUCUGUGUAUGACACCACUGGUGGUGAGCACGGUUUGGGUCAAAUGGCAGAUAGAUGACACAAAUCAUCGCUGUUGUCUUUACUCAUUCAGUGUUCCUGAAGAGCUCUGGUCAGAAGUACAAAGUCAUGUGCAACGGUGGACUGAGCACCUGAGAGAGAGAUUUAACAAACAACUAGUUCUAACCGAUCUCUGCUUUUCUAGAGAUACUGUCACUUUGCCCUCUGUGACCCUUUGAAUAAACCUGAUUUAUGUU